UUUUCUUGUUUGGCAUUCAUUCGAACAAGCGAGUUACAAAAAUAUAUAAAUAGUUGCGUGCUGAAAAGUUGCAUACAUUUAGGCAACGCAUCAAUUCAGUUAUUUUACGAAUAGCAGCACACUUUGGUAAUGUCAGGGGACCGAAAAACCUUUUUACUAAAACAUCAAGUCACAUAAGCUACUUUGUUGAGAGAAAUGGCUGACUUUCCACCAAACGUGCACUGGGACGAUAACCUUAUAUACAUUUCCGUUUGUUGAUUAAACAAAUUGUGAAGACUGCCUUGUGUGUGGCAAGUAUUUAUAUACACGUACAUAUGUAUAUAGCUAUUUUCGCAGCUGAUUUUUGAAGCGUGCAUGACAAUUCCUCUCGCGCUGUCUCUCUCUCAAUUGACUUUCUCCAACAGAAUCAAUUGUUUUUAUUUGGAAAUGAGCACUGCAUGGUGGGAGGGCAUUAUGUCAUCUGAGUAACAAACAAUUUGAGCCAGAGGCAAACACGCCAAAUGGUAAUCUAGUUACUAGUAAACAAUCGGCAUCUCAAUGGUAUAAGUAGCACUAAGAUUAAUGUAAACAAACAAUAUAUUAUAUCUGAACAAACUAUCAGCUAGUAAUAAGUAAACAUACUAGUUAGUAUAAAUAGAAGUAAGAACCAUGUAAUAAGUUAGUCUUAAGAGUAAGAGGACACAGCGGUGCAGCACAAAAAAAUAUUCUUUUGAUUUGCAUAUUUUUACUUCACGUGAAAAUUAGCUCGCGAGCGGUCACUUGUAUAUGCUUGCUUAUAAAUAAAAGCUUUUAUUUACUACACUCACACCUGCAGCGACGGCACGACACCUUGUUAGUGAGUUAUCACACAUACAUACAAAUAAAUAAAGUAUUGGCUUUUUGUUUAUUAACAAAUUGACAGCGAUUUUGCGCGCUUUCGACGAACAUUUUGUACGCUCAGUGUUUAUUUGGUGCUCCACACCGCCGGUUGCUGACAACGAGCACGAAAACGAAAGCGGCCAAACCGAAAUAAAACGUGGCGCAGCGAAGAUAACUGGAAAGUCGAAAAACACUUGAAUGCCUGCGAUUUGAUGGCUAUCAUUAUCAAAUUGAUUGCUGCUAUUGUUGUUUCUAAUAAAGUGCCUUCUCGGACGCUAUACUAUCGAGCUUGAGGUUAUGUGUUUACAAUUAAUUACAUUUUAUUUAUUGUGAAAUCGUUGAUAUGCCAAAAAAGUGUCGCAAUUGAGGAAUUGUGAAAAAUUAACAAAUUUUCUUACUUAAAAAAGCAAACAAAAAACAACAGCAAAAUAAUUACAAUUAAAACAUAAACAAGUGAGCAGUGCCAGUGCUUUUGCCAUGAAUUCAGUGUGGAGAGUGGGCAUUUUCGCUAAGAAUGCAGCAGUAGCCAUAACAAAACCAUGCCAUGUUGGGUCGAGCACUCGUUUCAGGUACGCAAGUAUCGCAACAGGUGUCGCGGAUCCCAAAACACAACUGCCGGACGACAAGCCAGCGUCAGCAUCAAAAACAGUCGCCGCGGCGGAACCAGCUCCGAGCUUUGACCAACAGCGCAUUUUAAAUAAGGCACAGGUUAAGCCGAUAAGCAGUCAACCGUUGACAGACACAUUUGGACGUCACCACACAUAUCUGAGGAUCUCAUUGACCGAGCGUUGCAAUUUGCGCUGUCAAUACUGUAUGCCAGCCGAAGGUGUAGAACUGCAACCGAAAUCAAAUCUGUUAACCACCGAAGAAAUUCUCUACUUAGCGCGAAUUUUCGUUGAGCAAGGGGUGCGUAAAAUUCGUCUAACCGGCGGUGAGCCAACGGUACGACGCGACAUAGUCGAUAUCAUAGCCCAAAUAAAGUCCAUACCCAAACUGGAGAGUGUCGGUAUUACUACAAAUGGCCUAGUAUUAACACGUCUCUUGCUGCCGAUGCAGCGUGCCGGCCUGGAUGCGGUGAAUAUCAGUUUGGAUACGUUGCGCCCGAAACGUUUCGAGGAAAUCACACGACGCAAGGGCUGGGAGCGCGUUAUAGCCGGCAUUGAUUUGGCCAUACAGCUGGGCUAUAAGCCGAAAUUGAACUGUGUGCUUAUGCGCAAUUUCAACGAAGACGAAAUUUGCGAUUUUGUCGAAUUCACCAAAGAUCGUGCAGUGGAUGUGCGUUUCAUAGAGUAUAUGCCAUUCACGGGCAAUAAAUGGCAAACCGGUCGGUUGAUUUCUUUCAAGGAAUCAUUGGACAUUAUAAAGAACAGAUGGCCUGACUUCGCGGCGCUGCCCAAUGGCCCAAAUGACACAUCAAAAGCGUAUGGCGUACCUGGCUAUAAAGGACAAGUAGGCUUCAUAACAUCUAUGACGGAGCAUUUUUGCGGUUCCUGUAAUCGUUUACGGCUCACCGCAGACGGAAAUAUUAAAGUGUGUCUAUUUGGCAAUAAAGAAUUUUCGCUACGUGACGCUAUACGCAAUAAUUGCUCCGAAGACGAUCUGAUUACGUUGAUUGGAACGGCAGUUAGUCGAAAGAAGAAGAAGCACGCUGAUAAUUUCAUUCAUGAUAAUGUCACAGCAGAAAUGCAUCACAUCUCUCGCAAAACUUUUGACAUUCGGAAGCAACAAAGGAUUCAUUCUCAACGAUAUCGCAACUACAUUUCAUCGCCAGACACAUUACCCGUUCUUACCAAUCUAAUGGGCGCACAGUUAACAACAAAAUAUCUGACACAAGCACGUUUUUUCUCUAAAACGAGCUCAAAUAGAAAUUCGGACAAUAAUAGCGCAAAUUUAACGCACGUUGACUAUGCUGGCAAAGCUCAAAUGGUGGAUGUCACUGCGAAACAAAGCAGUGAACGCGUAGCCGAAGCACGUGCCACCGUGAUAGUGGGGCCAACUAUUGCUCAACUCAUACACGCAAACAACAUGCGCAAAGGUGAUGUGCUUAGUGUGGCCCAAUUGGCUGGCAUAAUGGGCGCCAAAAGAACUUCGGAACUAAUACCGCUAUGUCACAACAUAUCAUUAUCCUCCGUAAAGGUUGAGGCGAAGUUAAAUCUUGUAAGCAAUAGCGUGGAACUAUUUGGUCGUGUGAAGUGUACAGGUCAAACGGGUGUGGAAAUGGAGGCGCUGACGGCUGUUGCAUUGGCCGCGCUUACCGUUUACGAUAUGUGUAAAGCCGUCUCACACGACAUAACAAUAACGGAUAUAAAACUUUGGGGCAAAAGUGGGGGUAAAAGGAAUUUUGAACGUAGUAAAAAUUAGAUAAUUUAAAUUUAUAAUAUAAAUAUGAAUAUGUAAAUUGCAUUACAUUAACAUUAUGAAAUUAUUAUUACAUGUACCGUGGUAAUGAAAUUAACAGAUCAUGAAAAAUUGUUGAAAACUAAUUUUGUUAUUUAAAAAGGUAAAGUCUGAUAUGAACAAAAUAUCCAUUAAUUUUGUGGGGUUCCAUCCAUACAAUUAUUUGAUAUAUAAUUUUUACCAAAGAUAUGAUAUAAGGUGUUAGGUUUGUUAUUUAUUGGACCCAUAGGCAAUUUAAAAAAGAGGUGCGGGAAAGUAUCCAUUCUAUUUUUAGAUAUUAUUACAAAACAUUUUUUUGUUUUUAAAAAAAUAUUUUAAUUAAAUAUACAUAUACAAUUUUAA